UCUGCGAUCAUUGUGCAACACUGGAGCCGAAAAUCUGCCGAGGUUGCUGUUGGCGCUGCGCGAUUGCUGUUAUCGUUUAGAUUAAAAGCCUGAAGAAAAGACUGAAUGCAUUCUGAAUAAUAGAAGCAGUGGGGUGAAUCCCCUGUGUUUGCUGAGCAUGAGCAUGGAGGAUUAUGACUACUUAUUCAAAAUUGUGCUGAUAGGAAAUGCAGGAGUGGGCAAAACCUGCCUCGUCCGACGCUUCACUCAGGGGCUCUUCCCUCCGGGACAAGGUGCCACCAUUGGAGUUGAUUUCAUGAUCAAAACUGUGGAAAUAAAAGGAGUGAAGGUGAAGCUCCAGAUCUGGGACACGGCCGGGCAGGAGCGGUUCCGCUCAAUUACCCAGAGUUACUACCGCAGUGCCAACGCUCUCAUUCUCACCUACGACAUCACCUGUGAAGAUUCCUUCCGGUGCCUUCCUGAGUGGCUGAGGGAGAUCGAGCAGUAUGCCAACAACCAAGUAGUGACAAUCUUAGUAGGGAAUAAAAUAGACCUGGCCGAUAAGCGAGAAGUCCAUCGGCAGCGAGCAGAGGAGUUUGCGGAGGCGCAGAGCAUGCUUUAUCUAGAGACCUCUGCCAAAGAAUCGGACAACGUGGAGAAGCUCUUUCUGGAUCUGGCCUGCGAACUGAUCCGCGAGGCCAAGCAAAACACGUUGGACAACAACGACUCCACUCCUAUGCCUGGAGAAGGAAAAAACAUCAAUUACUUGAGUUGCUGCAGCAUGAACUAGUAGACUUGGCCACUCUGUCUGGCUGAGGGGGGCAACAUGGAUUGCAUACAAAGUGGUUGUAUUGUUGGUAACCACUACAUAGUUGCAGUGGUUACUGUUUUCCACUGUUGUUGAAGUCUAGUUCUUUUACCCUUCUUAAAUCCCUGGGUAUUUUAAAACAUUUGGGAAAAACACGAUAUCAAGAUGAUGCUGCUUUUAAAGGUGGGUCCGAAGUUCCAAGAUGCUUUUGGCCAGAAAAAAGGGCCUUGUUAUACAAAAAUGCUUGCUGAUAGGUCAGACAAUGAGAUUUUCUACACUUCUGUACAAUGCGACAGAUGGGAUUUCCCUGCUGACUUGAGAGCCAAUGUAUUUGUCAUAUUAGAGAUUUGAAAAAAAAGAAAAAAGAGAAUGCAGGUCUUCAUCAGCAAUCUCAUUCACUUGAAGGACUAGUUCAUCCAAAAAUAAGCAUUCUGUCAUCAUUUAUUACCCUCAUGUUGUUCCAAACCCAUAUGACUGACUUUUUCUGUGGAACACAAAAUAAGAUGUUUUGAAGAAUGUUGAUGAAGCUCUUUUCCAACUGAAAGUAUACAGCGACCAAAGCAGUCCAUAUGACUGUGUGUUAUAUUCCAAGUCUUCUGAAGCCAUAUGAUGCUUACGGGUUUGGAAUGACAUGAGGGUGAGUAAAUAAUGACAGAGUUUUUAUUUCAGGAUGAACUGCUCCUUUAAGAUUCAUUGCCACAAAAUUGGUGUGUUGGUGUGCACAUUUAUUAUUCGCACAAAAUGCACUUCUUGAUGAUUGCUUGUGAGAUUGUUUGAGGUUGCUUAUGCAUGCGGUUUUUUUUUUCAUUUUUAACAAAGUCAAUAAUGCAAACAGACAGCCAGCUCCCUUAAAUAAUCUGUGACAGGAAGAUGUGAAGUAAAACCACCAUUUUAAAUUCUCAUUUAUCAGGUAGUCAGUUUAUAAGAAUAUAAACUCCCCUUACUGCUUGCAUGGAAAUUUGGCUGUUAAUAAUCAAUGAAGGCCAUGUCAUUUUGAGAAGUCAUAGCAAAAAUCCAAUGUGCCUCUGCCGUUUGCAUCCUGUCGACAUACAUUACAUAGCACUGGGGAAUCUCAUGGAGCACAUGUUUGGGUCAUAUUUAACCCAAAAAUAUCACUUUAACCGGGUCGAUAUAUUAGUUUGGACGUUUUAAUUUAGUUUAUUUCAAGGAUGGUUCUGAUUAGAUUCUCAGUACUGUAAAAUAGUAAUGGGAAUAAUACUGCCCAGACAAAGUUAUAUUUUUUAUGAUUUUUAUUAUUUUCACUGGACAACAUAUAUUCCAUAUAUUUACAGUAAUAACAUUACAGUAAUAAGUAAUUACAGUAAUGUUUUAAUUACAGUAAUAAGAACAUGAACAUAAGAAAAUGUCCUUAAUUAAGUAACUGCAAAAAAUGUAAUUGUUCAUAAAAUAAUUUUUUUUUUUUUUUUUUUUUGAGGUGAAAUGCACUACCACACUACCAUUCAAAAGUUUAGGGUCAGUAUGAUUUUCUUUUAAAGAAAUAAUUUUAUUCAGCAAGGAUGCAUUAAAUUAAUGACAAAUGAAUUAAUGACAGACAUUUAUUAUGUUAUAAAUUAUAAUUUCAAUUUCAAAUAAAUGCUGUUAUUAUGAACCUUUUUUUUUUUUUUUUUAUCAAAGAAUCCAAAAAAAGUAUCACACUUUCCACAAAAAUAUUAAGCAGCACAACUGUUUUCAUUAACAAUAAUUGGAAGUAUUUCUUAAGCACCAAAUCAGCAACUUAAAAUUGUGUCUGAAGGAUAAUGUGACACUGAAGAAUGGAGUGAUGAUAGUAAUAAUAAAUAUUGUAAUAAUAUUUCACAAUAUCAAUGUUUUUACUGUAAUUUGAUCAAAUACUUUCAAUCUAGGGAGAGAUUUCUUUUAAAAACAUUUUCAAAAUUCUUACCGACCCCAAUCUUUUGAAUGGUAGUGUGUUCUUGGCAGGUUUCAUGAGAUCAUGCGGUCUAGAUUUUUCAGAUCACAAAGGUUUUUAGUGGCUAAGCUGUAGAUAUCGUCCUUUAAUGUCUUUGCACAUUAUAUGCUAAAAAGUAAACAUAAUGGACUCAGUGUUUUAACGCACUAAAACGCUUACUUCAUUCCAUAUUGGUAGUUUUUUUUUUUUUUUUUAUCCCCAAGGAUUACUCCGAUACCGGUUUGGAGAUAUUCUGUCCAUAUUUUUACGUAUUACCAGACCUGAAAUAUACCAGGAUGCUUUGCUGUUAAUUUAGUCCAGCUUUGGUAUUGUAAUAACCGUAGCGAUGUUUAAAGCUUUUGGCACUUGAGAGGCCGAGAGAACAGUGUGUGUGUGUGUGUGAAUGAGAUGUAUUUCAUAGAUGUUUCAGUGAGUUCUUGCACAAAUGGUCUUUGUGUUCCAAUGCAUCAUAUUGAGGAAUAGAUGAUGGAGUUGUUUAACGGUGUGAUACAGUGUGAUUCUGGUUUCGGUUGGCCUUUGUCUGUUCUGGAACUGUGUUGUGCAUUUUAAUGACUUUUAAACAGUUGGAACUUGUACCUCCAACCUUGGCUGUGCUGUAAGGUUGUUUGCACCUGUAUCAUUACAAUGGAACUGUGAAUCUCCUCUUUUAUAGACUUUCAGUAUUUUACUUGCUGCUACAGAUCUUUUUUUUUUUUUAACAAAAUUGAUGGAAUUACAACAGAGGUUUUAGGUGCCGUGUGCUUGAUUCAGUGAUUUUGUUUAGACUGAUUUUUUUUUCCUUCAACAAAAGGUAUUCACUAAAACACUAAACAUUGCUUAACUUGAGGACCAAUUGUUUAAGCUUUUUUUGGUUGUCCAUGCCAAUUACUUUGCAGUAUAAUGCAUUUUCCUCAUAUUUACACAUAGCUGCUUAUAUGAUAUUAAGCUUUUCUAUUAACAUUUUAUUUUAAAGUGAUAACCUUUUCUAGUUUUGUAUAAACUGUUUUCUUUCUACGUUACAUGACGUGCCAUGCACAGUAUUUUCUCUGUCAGGUAUUUUUUGUCUAGCAUUCUUUUACAGAUAUAUGCCAUAUUGUAAUGUGUUGCAUUGUGUACCAAUAAGACUCUAGAAUUAUUUCUUUUCUAUGUUAAAUGCCCUAAUUUCCAGUAUAGUAUAUGUAUUACUAAGUGCUUACUUUUUCUGUAUGGACAAUGUUAUUAUGACCAUUAUGUGAAGUACAAUAUUCAUCAAGGAGUAACAGUCUUUUGUCUAGUGAAGAUGAAAUGCCAUUAUUUGAACCCACAAGAUCUGUAUCCAAAGUAGAUAACUGUACAUUUAUUGUUUUAGUGUGUGCUUUCAAUAUAUAAGUUGUGAUGCAUUAUGUGUAAUACAUUUAUCAUAAAGAGACAAACCCCAUGA